UGUGUCACGGGCAGUGAAAAGGUUAAGCCACAUAAGCAUGCACGCCAUGCCUACUAAAUUAUACUAUAGAUCUACAUAGUCGACUAUAAUAUGCACUUCAGAAGGUUGAUAAGGUCUCAAGCAGUGUUUUAGCCUUAAGGUAUUCACUAUCGUAUAUUUUAUACUUUUUUAGUGCUUUCAAGUUUCAAACACACAUGCAGUCGUUAAUUUAUAAUGGACCUUAUACGAUACGACUGCGCUCCAGAGCGUUCCCUUAUAAUAGUGACGAUACUUUAUACUGCAGCACUAACAGUGUCUACUUCCAAUCAAAAUACAUUAGUGCAGAAAUCUACGUGCGAUCCAUUGGUUCCAUUUGGAGAAUGCCUAUUAGGCGAAUAUGAAGGUCAACGUCAAGUAGCUUCAAACAUCACGUAUUUACAGUAUUCGAUUUCUUUUGUUGUUGCAUUACUAGCAGGGGCAUGGAGCGACAGUCAUGGCAGAAGACGUAAACCUUUGAUUUUCUUACCAAUCAUUGGACAAAUUUUAACAGAUGGAUUAUACUUUGUGAAUAACUUUUGGUAUUGGACUUCAACAUUUAAUAUCAUCUUUACAGCAGUUAUUCCUGGAUUAUACGUUGGUCGAAAUAUGUUUUGGAUUGGUGUGAUGUCGUAUGUAUCGGAAAAUUCAAAAUUUGAAGGUAGAACUCUGAAACAUGGGAUAAUCAUUGCAACAUAUACCUUUAGUUUGUUGAUAGGGUGGGGUUUAAUAAUAAUUUUAAAAAAAAGUACAGACCGUUUACAUCGAUAUUUAUUAUUCGUGGUACCGAUAUUGUUUAAUUUAUUCGCCAUAUUGAUUGGCCAGUUGUAUAUUGAGGAUAAUUCUGAUACUUAUGACAGAGAUAUUAUAUGGUUUAGACCAAACUCUGUAUUCAAAGGUUUCAUUGAUUUAUUUAAAAACAAAUUUAAAGGAUUUUCUAUUGUACUAGCAACAUUAAUAAUUUGCCAAUCAGUCAUUGUAGCAAGAAUAGGAAGUGAAUAUGAAAUUAUAAUGCAGUAUAUAAGUAAAUCGUUUAUGUGGUACCAUGAUGACCAUAUUUAUUUUAGUGUUAUCAAAAUGUUGGCCAUCAUUUUUGGUACUAUGUUUUCAGUAUUUGUUCUGAGUUACAAUAUGAAAAUACAUGACCUAGCAAUUGGAAUUUCAGCUUGCAUUAUUUAUAUAAUUGCAGCUAUUUUAUAUAUUGUUUCGAAUCAAUUUUGGCAAAUUUUUAUUAUUUCAAUGAUAUAUUUAUGUCACGGUAGUGCCGUGACUAUUACAAUUUCAUUAACAUCUAAAAUUAUGGAUAACGAUCAACUUGGAAGAUUUUAUUCCAUUCAAACCUGUAUGAACACUGCAUUGACAUUUGGUUUAGUUAAGGCAUACGAGACAGCAACUGAUAACAGGUUUUAUAGUAAAUUCGGUCAUUUUUGUUUAAUGAUUUUGAUGUAUGUCAUUCUGACUAUACCUAUUUUAUUUGUGUUUAUAAUUCUAUAUUCCAAGUACAAAAACUUCUGGAUAAGGGAUACUGCAAGAACAUCAAGAACAAGACAACAAACUGUAUACGUUAUAAGUACCUAAUUUAUUUAUUAAAUAAUUUUAAAUAAUGUAAUAUAAGUAAUUAUGAAUAAGUUUUUUAUAAUAUAAUAUUUUAUUUUAUUAUAUUUAUUAGUUUGCUUAUCAAUAAGCAAUUACUAUUUUA